AUGCUGCUUCCAUACCUGGUUGUCAUCGCCCUCAACUUCUACUUUCGAUUUGCAGACUAUGAGCAAGAAUCAUGUAGAAUCGGAAUGAAAAGAGAGUCCAUGAUACCCCUCAUAGCAUUUGAUGUUUACCUGACCUCAUUGUUUCUCAUUCCUCUACGCUCCCUCUAUUCCUACAAGACAGAUCGGAGUUCCCAAACCCGGACGGUCGCACUUCGUACUUUCGUUGGAAGUUGCUGUACCUUGACGUCAAGCAUUGUCAAUUUGACCGUAGUCAUGGUACUUAAAGGCGAGCCAGGCUGGAUAUGUCUCAUGUGUUGCAACAUUGACAUCCUCUUCAGCGUCCUAGUCCUCCACUGGAUAACAUCUAAAGACAACGCUUCGACAUAUCCCUCUCCCUCAUCAAAUUUCCAACCCUCCUCAGGUCCCACCUCACCAGCCCGUCUCAUCCCACGCCCACCCAUCUCAGAUAUGGAAGCCUACCACAUGAAUCUGCGAGACCUGAGCCGCAAGUCCGGCGUCACUACUAUGGUGUCUGCGAAAGAUUUCGAUGAUCUGGAACUGGAGAGGAUCAACACCUUGCCACCCAAUGUUGUAACCAUCGAGACGGAACAUACGAUGGAGGUUAGUGAGAUAAGACCAGAUACUGAUGGGAGUGGGAGCGAUUUGGGAUUGCAGAGGGUGAGGGCUGAUGGGAGUAAGGAAGAAUUAUUUGGGAGGGAGAAUUGCUAG